AUGGGAGGAGGUUUGGCACUUCUUUGGAGAAACUCGGAUUCGGUUACUUUACUUGGAUACUCCAACAAUUAUAUUGACGUAAGGGUUACCAUUACGGGCAAACCGGACUGGCGCCUAACUUGUUUUUACGGUUUCCCUGAGAGGUCGAGAAGGCAGCAAGCAUGGGAUUUACUACGAGAUCUGAAACCCUGCUCAAGUCUCCCGUGGGCAGUUAUUGGUGAUUUUAACGAUAUCAUGAGCUAUAAUGAUAAGAGAGGACAUACUCCUCACCCGAAUGGACUUAUUCGGGGUUUUAAUACCGCCCUCAGCGAUUGCGAGUUUACUGAUUUGGGUAUGAGAGGACACCCUUUUACAUGGGAAAGAGGUCGUGGCACUGAUCAUUGGAUUGAGGAGCGACUAGACAGGGUUGUUGUGUCGUCAGAUUGGCGUGAGUUAUAUGAUAUGGCUUCGGUCGAGAAUCUUCAUGCUGUAUCAUCCGACCAUAGUGCUAUUUUCCUGAAGCUUAGUGGUGCUACGUUGCGUCGUGGUUGUAGGACUUUUAAAUUUGAGUCCGCUUGGCUACUUGAUGUAAACUGUAAAAGUGUUGUUGAAGCUUCAUGGUGGCAAUCUCAUGCACUGGAAUUCCAGCACAGGAUUCACACUUGUGGGCAGGACUUGUGUCGUGAUCCUGGAGAUGUAGCUUUGUUUCAUGUAGCGGAAGAUCAAUUACGUGUGUUAUUUUCACAAGAGGAGCUGUACUGGCGCCAACGAUCAAAACAGUUAUGGCUUAAGGAUGGAGAUCAGAAUACAAAGUUCUUCCAUCGUUUUGCUAGUUAUCGGCGAAAGUCGAACUUGUUAUCUCGGUUGCGAACGUACACUGGGGAGUGGGUUGAAGGAGGUGCCAUGAGUGAAGAAGUGAUGAGGUACUAUACUGAUAUCUUUCAGACAUCCCCUACUGAGUGUAAUUUCUUCAAUGAAAUCCCGACUCGUAUCACUCAGGAUAUGAAUGUUCGUUUACUCCGCCCCAUCAAACCGGAUGAGAUUAAAAAUGCUCUUUUUUCUAUGGCUCCUGAUAAAGCCCCGGGACCAGACGGUAUGACCCCUUCAUUCUAUCAAUCCUUUUGGUCUACUGUUGGUUAUGAUCUUAUUAAGUUUGUGUCGGAUUGUUUUAUUAAGUGUGAGAUGCCUACGGGGUUGAAUGUCACAAAUGUUGUAUUGAUUCCCAAAAAGAAGAAUCCAGAACGAGUGUCAGAUUUGAGGCUGAUCGCUCUUUGUAAUGUAGCUUACAAGGUAUUAGCUAAAGUCAUUGCAAAUCACAUGAAGGAGGUUCUUCAUCUAGUUAUUUCCCCAACACAAAGUGCCUUUGUGCCUGACCGAUUGAUCUCAGAUAAUAUCAUUGUGGCAGGGGAAGUUGGUCACUACCUUCGGUGUAAACGUACGGGGACUACAGGUUGGGCAGCCCUAAAAUUGGACAUGGCCAAGGCCUAUGAUCGUAUGGAAUGGAGCUUCCUGGAGGGUAUGCUGUCAGCGAUGAGGGAUAAUGAUAAAGAGGCCAAGGAAGUGAAAAGGUGUUUAACAUUAUAUUGUGAGGCCUCUGGUCAGUUGGUAAACUUCGAAAAAUCUAGUAUCAUGUUCAGCCCUAACACUACGCAGGUGGAAUGCAAUCAUGUGGCGGGGGUUUUUGGAGUCCAUCAAACUCAGGACUUUGGAAGAUACCUAGGAUUGCUAUCUUUCCUUGGGAGAAAUAAAACUAUCGUGUUCCGGUAUAUCGAACAGAAAAUCAAUGACCGAGUGCAUAUGUGGACUCAAAAGUUUCUUUCCAGGCCUGGCAAGGAGGUUCUUUUAAAGAGUAUAGCCCAGGCUAUACCUAUUUUCACCAUGUCAGUGUUCCUCUUACCCCUUACUGUAUGUGAAUCUAUUGAAAAACUAAUGAGUAGAUUCUGGUGGCAUACUUCUGGUGCUAACUCUAGGGGCAUACAUUGGUUGUGUUGGUCCAGGAUGGCUGUUCCGAAAGAUGUUGGUGGCUUGGGGUUCAAACGGCUGCGGGAAUUCAAUAUUGCUUUAUUAGCGAAACAAGGCUGGCGGCUACUUAUUUACCCUCAUUCGCUCGUGAGCAGAAUUUUGAAAGCGAGGUACUAUCCUAAUACCAUUUUAUUGGAAGCUAACUUGGGGCAUAAUCCGAGUUACAUUUGGCGCAGCAUUCUAGCGGGGCAAAACAUUUUGAGGGAAGGUGUUGUGCGACAUGUAGGUGAUGGAAAGGAGACGUCUGUUUGGGGCUUGCCGUGGGUAGCAGAUACAGGGGAUCCAAGGUUGAUAACGCCAUGCGUUGAUGAGUUAAGAAAUGCUCAAGUCUGCAAUCUUUUAAAUGAGGAUGGCGAUUGGGAUAUUGACCUUCUCCGAGAUUUAUUUGUGGAACAAGAUGUCAGUCGUAUUAUUCGCACCCCAAUUUCUCCCGAGUAUCCUGAUUCGUGGUGUUGGAAAGGGGAUAUAAGAGGACAUUAUACGGUUAAGCAUGGCUAUCGCAUGCAAACUCGGGAGCAGAUGACGCAACCUGUGGGCCUUGAUUUCACGAAAUGGAACCAGCUUUGGAUGAUGAAGACUUGCAGGAAAGGGUAUAUUCAUUUGUGCAAGAUUGGCAGUGCAUGUCCGUCACGGGUCCCAGUGCUGGUAUUUCAUCUUCAGUAUCUGCUACUGCAUGAGAACCUCCUCCGCAUGGAAUGUUGA